ACGGGCUGUCGCCAAUACCGUGACGUAUAUGCUGCGCGCCGAGCACGCCGGCCUUCCUAAACUCCGUCCGGACCCGGCACGCUCCUACGUGCGUGACGUUCCUCUGCGACUGGAGACGCUUUCGCGGACGGACACGGUCUUGAGCACUCAUGGGACUGGGUCCGCGCUCCCUCCACAAGGCUGGCCGCCGGUUUCCAGCUGGUGACAAACGGGGGCGCGGGGCCAAGGGGUCGGGGCGCCCCCCACCAGGCCGCCAGCGGCCUCCGGACAGGAGCUCGGAGCCAGCCCCAGACGCGCACCCUCACCUGAGCCCCGAAGCUCUGGGGUAUUUCCGCCAGGCGCUGUCAGCCCUGAAAGAGGCUCCUGAGACCGGAGAAGAGCGAGAACUGAUGGUGCACAAUGUUUUGAAGGAAGUGGAAGCUGAGGCCCUAGCCUUGGCCACAAACAGGACUGGCAGUGAGAUUAUGCAGGAACUGCUGGGAUUUAGUCCCCUGAAACCGCUGUGUCGAGUAUGGGCUACUUUGCGCUCCAACUUCCGCUUUGUGGCCUGUCAUCGAUGCGGGGUGCAUGUAUUGCAAAGUGCUUUGCUGCAGCUGCCUCGAUUGCUGGGGAGCCCUGCAGAGAAAGAGGAGGAGGACGUGGAAGAGGAGGAAGAUGGCAAGGAUGGUCCCUUGGAGACUCUGGAGGAGCUGGUUUUGGGACUAGCCUCCGAGGUGUGUGAUGAUUUUCUUUUCUACUGUGGAGACACACAUGGCAGCUUCGUGGUCAGAACUCUGCUACAGGUGUUGGGAGGGACUCUUCUGGAGUCUGAGAGAGCCAGGCACCGUGGCUCUCAGUCACCUGAAGCACAAAGGGCCCCAGCUCGGGAAGGUAAGCCAUCUGAUUUUGAGGUCCCUGAAACCUUCUUGAAUCGCCUUCAGGACCUGAGCUCCUGCUUUCUGAAGGACAUUGCUGUAUUUAUCACUGACAAGAUCUCCAGCUUCUGCCUUCAAGUGGCCUUACAAAUCUUGCACCGCAAACUGCCCCAGUUUUGUGCUCAGCUCUGCAGUGCUGUGAUUGGCUAUCUGAGUAGCCGCAAUUCCUCAGCAGAUGGCAGCCCCCUACUGCUAUUUCUGCGGGAUCAGACGAGCUCCAGACUCCUGGAGCGAGUGCUGCUGGUGCUGGAGCCCCCGAGGCUCCAGAGCCUCUUUGAGGAUCACUUCCAAGGGCAGCUGCAGACCCUGGCCACACACCCCAUUGCCAACUUCCCUUUGCAGCGUUUACUGGAUGCUGUUACUACCCCUGAGCUGCUGUCCCCCGUGUUUGAGGAGCUGAGCCCUGCCCUGGAAGCUGUGCUGGCUCAAGGUCACCCGGGGGUGGUCAUUGCCCUGGUGGGGGCCUGCCGCAGAGUUGGGGCCCACCAAGCCCGGGUCCUGCAGCUGUUGUUGGAGGCAUUCCACUGUGCGGAGCCCCCUUCCCGGCAAGUGGCUUGUGUGCCUCUCUUUGCCACUUUGACGGCUUAUGAGGUAUACUAUAGACUGGCAGAGGAGGAAGGGGCAGUGCCCGCAGAGCACCAGGUGGAAAUGGCCACGGCCAGGGCUCUGGGGGAAGUGACAGUCCUUGGGUCUCUUCUGCUUCAGCAUCUGCUGCACUUCUCUAGCCCUGGUAUCGUACUUCGAAGUCUGGGUGCCUUGACGGGACCACAACUUCUGACUCUCGCCCAGAACCCUGCUGGCUCCCACGUGCUUGAUGCCGUCCUGACCAGCCCCUCCGUGACGCGCAAGCAGCGUCGCCGUGUGCUGAAGACCCUAAAGGGACAAUACGUGGCUCUGGCCUGUAGUCGUCAUGGCAGCCGAGUGCUAGAUGCCAUCUGGAGUGGAGCAGCCUUGGGGGCCCGGAAGGAAAUUGCUGCCGAGCUGGGGGAGCGGAACCAGGAGCUGAUAAGAGACCCUUUUGGCCACCAUGUGGCUCGAAAUGUGGCCCUGACUACUUUCCUGAAGCGCCGAGAGGCUUGGGAACAGCAGCAGGGGGCAGUGGCCAAGCGGAGGAGGGCUUUGAACUCAAUACUUGAAGACUGAGGCCUUUGGACCUGGGACUGGGUGAUGGGGAGGGUAGCGGGAGUAUCUGUCCUGUCCCCUUCUUAGUUUAAGUUGGAAUCAAAAGUCUUAUUAAUAAACAUUUUUAUAUUUUUAUUGGAAA